CUUCUAUCGUGACUUCGUGAGUUCUUAGUGUAAUGCAUGAAAUGAUACUUUUUUAUGUGAUUGAGUGGCGCCAUUAAAGUUCUUUUUGUCUGCUUUGUAAUGGAGAUAUUUCCAGUACAAGGGAGCUCUCUCUGUUACUGAGAGUGAGUUUGACUGGAGAAAUCCCAAGUUAAGUUCUUUGAAAAUCGAAGAGGAUCAUCUCCAGUUCCUGAAUUUGAAGUAGCUUUUCAAAAAUAUUGUUAUUAUUUUUAUUUUUCCUGUGCUGUGGGUUUUUAUUUUCUUGAUUAAUUUAGUGCUGGUUUUGAGGUUUCAAGAUAGUUCUUACAGUGGAGGGAAGGUAUGAGUACCGGAGUAGCAGUAAUGGGGGCAGAUGCCCCUCCAAACUUCCAUGUAGCUGCAAGAACAGAGAACCCUAGUUCAGUUGCUGCAGCAGUAGCAGCAGUAUCUCCAGUUGGAGCGUCAAAGGUAAGUGUGGCGUUGCCGGGAAGUAGUACGGUGAAGAAGAAGAGAGGUAGGCCUCGAAAAUAUGGAACAGAAGGAACUGUGUCUCUGGCAUUAUCACCAAUGCCGAUUUCUUCUUCUGCACCGGCACCACAACCACCACCACCACCACAAUCAACUGGUGAGUUUUCCGGUAGCAACAAGCGGGGUAGAGGGCGGCCAGGUUUGAUGAAGCAACUGCAGCACCAGAGAAUGGAGAUGGAAAAUAAGGGUGAGUGGGUGUCAUGCUCUGUUGGGGCAAAUUUUACACCCCAUGUGAUCACUGUUGCUACUGGUGAGGACGUUACAAUGAAGAUUAUAUCGUUUGCUCAGCAAGGGCCCGGAGCCAUUUGCAUUCUUUCAGCAAAUGGUGCAAUUUCAAAUGUUACUUUUCGUCAGCCUGAUUCUUCCGGGGGUUCGUUGACAUAUGAGGGUCGGUUUGAGAUACUUUCAUUAUCGGGAUCAUUCAUGCCUUCUGAAAGAGAAGGAACUCGGAGCAGAUCUGGUGGGAUGAGUGUCUCGUUGGCGAGUCCAGAUGGUCGUGUCGUAGGGGGAGUAGUUGGUGGUCUACUAGUAGCUGCCACCCCAGUACAGGUUGUGGUGGGCAGCUUUCUGCCCAGCACCCAACAGGAGCUCAAGACAAAAAAGUCGAAGACAGAUGCCACAUCUGCUAGUACACCAAAUGCUGCCAUGUCACUUUCCAAUGCAGAGAUGGAAGAGAGCUAUGGUGGCCAAGGGCCACGUACUGCAACUCCAAGGUCUGAUAUGGGUAACAGUUCUUCCUUCCGAGGAGACAACUGGCCACCUAUGCACUCCAUGCAGGAUUCAAGGAAUACUGCAACUGACAUAAACAUAUCUUUACCUUCAGGAUAAUCCAAAGGUCCCCAAAUUAUAUUGAGUCACUCUGAGGUUUCUUACUGACCAGAUUACUUUGAUCUUGGUUGUGUUAAACUUCAAGGCAUCAUAUUUUUGAGUUCCUUGUAAACUCAUUUGAGUAUUUAUCAGAUAGGACUUCUGAUCAGGGUAGUCAUUAGGUAGAGCUCGAUCUCAGCUCUUGCGGUCAUGUAUCUUUUUUGCUUGGUUCCUUUUGUUAGAAUAUUUUAUAGAAUAUUUAAUGGAUAGCUGUUGUUUGCCAUUA